CUUGCAACUCAAAAUAGUUGGUUGUUCUUUGUAAUAAUCUAAACGUACUGAAAAAUAAGAAUGGUAUCUUCUCAAACGUUAAUAACAUUAACAGUGAUCAGUAUUAUAAGAUGCAGUGAUUCCAAUAAAUAUAAAGAUGAUCCUGAAAUAAAAACUGUUGAAGAUAAUCCUGAAAUAACAACUGUUAAAGAUGCUCUACAUUAUGCUGGUUAUUCGAAUGAAAUUGGAUUUUUAAACUACUGUUAUGUUAUGCAAUUUAAAAAUCAUGAGGAGUUAAAAUCAUAUAUGAUCGAGAAGAAAAUAUGGAAUCCAAAAGCCGAAGAAAUUGUAAAUGAAUUCUACGAUGUACUAAAAAAAAAUGGAUGUGAUAAUUGUGAUUUAAGUACCAUUAGUGGUUUUAAAUGUUCUGGACCUUGUGGAUUGAACGUAUUUGCAAUUCUUCUAAAGCCAUUAAAGCUUACCCCAUUAGUUUCGAAUCAGCCAGGGCCAAAUCUUAACUGUGAUGAAUGA